AUGAAGCGUCACCUCGUGUUCGUCGUCGUCACGCUUCUACCAGCCGUCAUCGCCACCACGUUCAUCUACGACGGCGUCAUUCUAUGCGGUCACACGGAUCGAUGCAGUUUCGCCUACUCGCUUCAAUUCUACGACGCCGACCGAUUCAGCGCCGCCGACGCGAUAAUCGGCCGACUCGUCGACAUCAAAGGACCGACAGGCAUCGGCAACAACGUCUACUUGAAGGGUCAUCUGAAUGGCGACGAGCUUCUCAGCACCGCCUAUUACACGCUGGCCGAAAUUUGGCACGAUUGCACCGAUGAUAGGAAGCGCGUUCGGUUGAGGUUCACCUUCAAUCAGGCGUGUCCCAUCGAUCGAGAGAUUUGCCAUUACAAAUUCGCGAGGAAUGUCACCAAUGAUUGGGGAAUUGGCUCGAUGGAUGCCCAACUUUUAUAA